GAUUCUUCACGAAGUCAUACUGCAUGUUUGUGCGCAUGCACCGAAAGAAGAUCGAGUUGACGCCGAACGCAACACAAACAAAGUAGAGGUGUCAUGGCGAACGCCAAGAGUCUUUAUUUUUGGUCGGAUGAGGAGACGGCAUUCAUGCUGUUGCAGCUGAAGGAGCUGGGCAUUCUUAAAUACAUAGACGGGCGUAAAACAAGGAAUGGCGAACUUUUUAGAAAUGUCGCCAAAAAGCUAGAAAAAGCGGGCUUUAUUCGAAGCCCCGAACAGAUCCGCGUACGAUGGAAGCACCUCAAACAGAGUUAUUACAGGGCAAAGAAGAUGAAUGGAGCGAGCGGGUACAAUCCAGUCAUCACGCCACAUGCGGAGAUUUUGACGGAGCUUUUGGGACAUCGAGCAUUGGCCAUAGCCGCCGUGAAUGUCGUGGACAACAGUUCACUCCUGUGCUCGGCUUCAGAAAGCAUUCAAGAGUGUACGAAGCUGGAUGGAAGUUCUGAAGAGCCAGCUUCAGUUGAGGUCAAGUGCGACACUGUUUCGGAAGACUCAUCACCAGAGAAGGCUAGCACCCCUCCACCCAGGGUUAAUAGGCCUGCUGAAUGGAGGAGGAGAAAACGACAAACGGCAGAUAUGGAAAGGUUCUUUGAACGAAUGCUGCAGAUGCAGAACUCUUGGGUCUCUGAACAGUUUCAGCAAAGCCAGGAAAGAGAGGAGCGCCUGGUAACCACUAUCUUGGAAAGCAGUAACAAAAUAGUUUCAACGAUAAUGGAGGCUAUCCACAGCCUGCAACCAUCUCCAGCAGCAACACCCCAGCCAUGUCCUCCAAGCAAUGUUGGAAUGGUCAAUGUGAAUGUUCAUGACAAAAUGGGGUUCACCCCUUUGAUGGUGGCAGCGCAGAAAGGCUUUACCAGCUUAGUGGAAAUCCUGGUGAAGCAUGGAGCUGACAUUGACAUGAGAGAUAGUGCUGGAAAAGACAGUUUAAUGCUGGCCUGUUAUGCCGGUCACCUGGAAACAGUCAAGUAUCUGCGGCAGUGUGGGGCCUCUUGGCAGUCACAAGACAUGGAUGGCUGCACUCCACUCCACUGGGCUGUAGAUGGGGGACACCAGCCUGUCAUCUCAUACAUGAUCCAGGAAGGUUGUGAGGUGGAUGUAAGGGAUAAGGUCUCUCUCUGGACUCCACUCAUGCAUGUAUCAGCCAUCAGUGGAGAUGCUGCGGUGGCCUCUAUCCUUCUCCAGGCUGGAGCUGAUGUAAAUGUCCGUGACAAGGCUGGGAAGACACCACUAAUGGUAGCUGUGCUGAAUAACCAUGAGGAACUGGUGAAGCUGCUACUCGACAGUGGGGCAGACCACCAUAUUAAGAACGAGUAUGGAGCAGGUGCAGCUGAUAUGGCAAAAGCAUUUGAGAGAGAGAACAUCAUGAACUUGUUGGAAUAAAUGAACUUGAAAGAUUCAUAUCAACUGACAUCAAACGGACAAUACCAUCUCAGAGGGAAAAAUUAUCUCUUAUCUAAUGUCAUAUUUUACAUACAUUAAAGUUUUGAGUUGUUAAAAACAACUUUUAUGUUCAUGUUACUGUGAGUGUUAAAUGAAGCAAAAUUAAAUCCAUGAUAGUGA